AUGAAUCAUCCCAAUGAUGUUCCAAUUGUUAAUUUAAUUACCAAUUCUUUCAGUAUAUUACCAUGUCUAUCUACCAAAACUGUGCUGCCUUUAGUACCCGGUCUUAAUAAAAAAAGUUAG